AUGCCCUUACGGCGCCGCGCCCUGCCGACAGCCUCGGCCGAGCGACAACUCUGUAACCAGAGCGAGAGUCGCAAGAGCUGCCCGUCUGGGAAGCAGGCAGGCAGAAGCGGCAAGAAGGCGUCGGGCUUCGGAGACUCUGCAAGCAACGAGAGGGAAGACUCUGCAAGCAACGAGAGUGAAAACUCUGCAAGCAACGAGAGGGAAGACUCUGCAAGCAACGAGAGGGAAGACUCUGCAAGCAAUGAGAGUGAAAACUCUGCAAGCAACGAGAGGGAAGACUCUGCAAGCAGAAGCGGCAAGAAGGCGUCGGGCUUCGGAGACUCUGCAAGCAACGAGAGGGAAGACUCUGCAAGCAACGAGAGUGAAAACUCUGCAAGCAACGAGAGGGAAGACUCUGCAAGCAACGAGAGGGAAGACUCUGCAAGCAAUGAGAGUGAAAACUCUGCAAGCAACGAGAGGGAAGACUCUGCAAGCAGAAGCGGCAAGAAGGCGUCGGGCUUCGGAGACUCUGCAAGCAACGAGAGGGAAGACUCUGCAAGCAACGAGAGUGAAAACUCUGCAAGCAACGAGAGGGAAGACUCUGCAAGCAACGAGAGGGAAGACUCUGCAAGCAAUGAGAGUGAAAACUCUGCAAGCAACGAGAGGGAAGACUCUGCAAGCAGAAGCGGCAAGAAGGCGUCGGGCUUCGGAGACUCUGCAAGCAACGAGAGGGAAGACUCUGCAAGCAACGAGAGUGAAAACUCUGCAAGCAACGAGAGGGAAGACUCUGCAAGCAACGAGAGGGAAGACUCUGCAAGCAAUGAGAGUGAAAACUCUGCAAGCAACGAGAGGGAAGACUCUGCAAGCAGAAGCGGCAAGAAGGCGUCGGGCUUCGGAGACUCUGCAAGCAACGAGAGGGAAGACUCUGCAAGCAACGAGAGUGAAAACUCUGCAAGCAACGAGAGGGAAGACUCUGCAAGCAACGAGAGGGAAGACUCUGCAAGCAAUGAGAGUGAAAACUCUGCAAGCAACGAGAGGGAAGACUCUGCAAGCAGAAGCGGCAAGAAGGCGUCGGGCUUCGGAGACUCUGCAAGCAACGAGAGGGAAGACUCUGCAAGCAACGAGAGGGAAGACUCUGCAAGCAACGAGAGUGAAAACUCUGCAAGCAACGAGAGGGAAGACUCUGCAAGCAACGAGAGGGAAGACUCUGCAAGCAAUGAGAGUGAAAACUCUGCAAGCAACGAGAGGGAAGACUCUGCAAGCAAGUUCUGA